CUAAGGAAAUCCCUCAGAAAAACCCAUAAACAAUUCAACCAGAUUCCUCCACAAAUAGUAUUGGUGAAAAAAGCAGAUUUCCUCAUUAUGCAAGCAAAGUAUCAUCACCCACAACACCAAAACCCUUCUCUGUAGUUCCACUUCCACACACCCACUCUUCACUUCUUCAUCUCCUCACUCACAUUCACAGCCAUGACUGGACUUCUCCUCUUAACCACUCUCUUCCUCAUACUUCCACUCUGUCUCGCUUCCGUUCAACUCACCACAUGCCGAUCAUUCUGCGGAAACAUAACUGUGGACUACCCAUUUGCGCUCCGAUUCGGAUGCGGGCACCCGGGCUACCGAGACCUCCUAUUUUGCAUGAACGAUGUGCUCAUGUUCCACAUCAGUUCGGGUUCAUAUCGGGUCCUCCAAAUCGAUUACGCAUACAAAUCUCUAGUUUUACACGACCCGCACAUGUCGAAUUGCAACAGUCUCGUCCUGGGCGGAAAGGGAAAUGGCUUCUCCGUCGAGGAGUGGAGGAUGCCGUACUUCACUCCAGCGGCCGAUAACGUGUUUAUGCUGAUCGGUUGCCCCGCUCAGUCCCCUCUGUUUCAAGGAUUCCCCGGAAAACACUUGCCGUGCCGAAAUGUUUCGGGUAUGGGCUGUGAAGAGUAUUACGGGUGCCCGGCCUGGAAUCUAUUGGGCCAUAGAAGAGGAGGCCCAGUUUAUGGGCCAGGCCCACCGGAGUGUUGUGCUGUGGCUUUUGAGUCCAUUAAGGCUAUUAAUCUUAGCAGGCUUGGGUGUGAAGGGUACAGUAGCGCGUAUAGUUUUGCCCCGUUGAGGCUUAAUGGGCCGGAUCAAUGGUCGUAUGGAAUCCGAGUCCAGUAUUCGGUUCAGGGAAAUGAGGAGUUCUGUCGAGCGUGUGAGGCUACUGGUGGCACGUGUGGGUAUGGAAGUGAUGGUGGGAAGCAGAUCUGCAUGUGUGGCAGUGCCAACUCCACAUCCAGUUGUGAUUUGGUUACAUCAGCAGCAUCAAGUGAAAGACAAGGGUUGCUGAUGAAUUUGUUAUUAGGGAUUUUGAAGUGUAUGUUAGUGUGGAUUUGGAUGGAGGAACACAACUGAAGGGAAUUGAGGAAUUAGACAAGUCUGUUUAUCAUUCACAUUACACUAUUAUGAAUCAUAUUCUUGGAGGUUUAUUGGAGUUUUGACGUUGAGUUGGGAUUUGUCAGAGAGAUGUCAUGCAGUUAUAUAAAAUGAGAGAUUUGAUUAUUAAUUUAUAGCAUAUCCUCUAACAAUUUAUAAGAUAAUUGUUUCCUUGACC